UGUUGACUGUUUGGAUAUUUGUUUCAUUGCUCUUCUUUCUACCACAUUAUCCUGACAGUAGGCAGAGGACACAUUUUACUUCAUGAAUCAAAUGUAUAUUAUCCAUCCAAGUUUAUUGUUUUAUCUGCACAUUUUUCCCAAAAGCACACAUCCGUAUAUCACAGAAUAGUCUUUAUAUUUCUUUGCACUGAAAGGAUCUGUGACUGCUUUACAGGUGAAAAUGUGAUGAUGAUGAACUCCACACAGGUUUCACAUUUCACUCUUGCUGCCUACUUUGAUACUGGAGUUUUUAAAUACUUAUAUUUCCUGAUUAUUCUGACUGUUUAUGUUUUAAUCAUCAGUGCUAAUGUGCUUCUCAUUGUGAUUAUCUGCAUGAACAGAAGCUUACAUGAGCCCAUGUACCUGUUUCUGGUCAGCCUGUUUGUAAAUCAACUGUAUGGUAGUGCGUUGUUGUUUCCAUUCCUGCUGGUUCAGAUCCUCUCUGAUAUUCACACUGUUUCUGCAGCUGUUUGUUUUUUGCAGAUUUUCUGUUUAUAUUCAUAUGCUGGUGUCGAGUUUUUUAACUUGGCUGUUAUGUCUUAUGACAGGUAUCUUGCUAUCUGUUAUCCUCUGCAAUAUAACACACACAUGUCAUGUAAGAGAGUUGCUUUUCUGAUUGCUGCCUCUUGGUUUCCUCCUUUUCUCAUAAUAGUUAUCACAACAUCUUUGAGUUUCUCUUUACAGCUGUGUGGAAACAUCAUUAACAAAGUGUACUGUGACAACUAUUCCAUAGUUAAACUGGCCUGUUCUGACACUACAGUCAACAACAUCUAUGGACUCUUUACGACAUUGCUCACAAUAAUUAGUCUUUUAACUUUAAUUCUUUACACCUACACAAAGAUCCUCAGAGUGUGUUUUUCUGGUUCCAAACAGACCAGACAGAAAGCUCUCAGCACCUGCACACCUCACUUGGCUUCUCUGCUCAACUUCUUUUUUGGUUGUAUGUUUGAGGUUGUACAGAGCAGGUUCAACAUGAACAGUGUGCCGAGUAUGCUGCGUAUAUUUUUGUCCUUGUAUUUUCUAACAUGCCAGCCGUUCUUCAACCCUGUACUGUAUGGACUGAAAUUGUCCAAAAUCCGCCAUGCGUGUAAAAGUCUGUUUUCUGUGAAGUGAAUUUGUUCUGGUUGAGAAACAAUAAAAGCAUUGAAGUCUU